AUGGCUAUUGGAAAUGGCACCAUUGUCAAGGAGUUCAUCCUGCUAGGCUUCACCAACCACCCUGAGCUGGGCACUCUUCUGCUCUUGGUGUUUCUGACUUUCUACCUCCUGAUGCUGCUGGGUAACCUGGGCAUGAUCACCCUGAUCUGGACCAAUCCUGGACUCCACACCCCUAUGUACUUCUUGCUUAGACAGCUGUCUUUCCUAGAUGUCUGUUUCUCCACAACGGUGUUACCUCAGCUCCUGGUGACCUUGGCUUCCGGCAGAGCUGUGAUGUCUUAUGAACAAUGUGCCACCCAAUUUUUCAUGUUCACUUUCUUUGGCUCCACCGAUUGCUACCUCCUGGCUCUCAUGGCGUAUGACCGCUAUGUAGCUGUGUGUCAGCCUCUGCUCUAUGUCACCAUCAUGACACCCAAGAAAAGACUAAAGUUGGUGACUGGAGCCUACAUGGGGGGCUUAGCUAAUGCUAUUUUGAGGACCAGCUGCACGUUCUCACUCUCCUUCUGUGGAGACAACCAGAUUGACUUUAUUUUCUGUGAUCUCCCACCUCUGCUAGAGUUGUCCUGCGGAGACACUUUCCUACAAGAACUCUUAAUUCUACUCUUUGCUUGUUUCGUGAUCCUGGCCAGCCUGGCCAUGAUCCUGGUGUCCUAUCUGUUCAUCAUCAGGGCUAUUCUACAGAUCCGCUCAGCUGGUGGGAGGGCUAAGACCUUUUCUACUUGUGCCUCCCACAUGACUGCCGUUGGGCUCUUCUUUGGUACCCUGGCAUUCAUGUAUGUUCGAAGCAAGUCAGGAAAAUCCCUAGAAGAAGACAAGGUGGUAUCUUUGUUCUAUACUGCAGUGAUCCCCAUGUUGAAUCCUCUCAUCUACAGUCUGAGGAACAAGGAGGUGAAGGAAGCCUUGAAGAAACUUCUUAGUAGGCAUAGGUUAUCUUAG